AUGAGUAAAGGGAAGACCAUUGCUAUCACAAGAUUUGCACAUAUUUUCAAACUUGGAAAUGACAAAGUCGUGAAAUCAAUAUCAAAGGAUGGACUUCUACCACCUCAUGACCCACUGAUGGAGCUAUCAAUCCUAGAAAAACUCACUAAGAAUGAAAGCAAUAGAAAUGUAAUACAAUUGCUAGACUACCAAGAGAAUACCAACUAUGAUCUGGUUUUCAAGUAUUAUCCAUUGACAUUAAAAGAAUUGCUUUUGUCUGGAUAUAUAUCUAUCGUCAAUCCAUAUUACAAUGUCACUGCUUCAUCACCGACUGAAAACUAUUAUAGAAACCGAUUCGACUCUAAUAAAUAUGCAUACGAUUUUUUUAAGCAGCUUAUAAAUGGGUUAGCCUACAUACACUCCCUCCAAAUAAUACAUAGAGACAUUAAAUUGGACAAUAUAUUGAUGGAAGAUAACGGAAACAACAAUUUUACCUUAGUCGUAACUGAUUUUGGCAUUUCCUAUGAUGCUUCCGACGAAAACAGAGGUAAUGAAUUAAUUAAUGAUAAAAUUACAGACGUAUCUACUUCGAUAUAUAAAGCUCCAGAACUACUGUUCAGCGUAAGAAAUUAUACAAAUAAAGUAGAUAUUUGGGCAGCCUUCAUAGUAUUAUCUCAAUUAUUAAUAGACCCUGCUAUGAAAGUGAAAAACCAAAAAAAUAUACCAGCAGUUGUAACAGAUGGCUCAUUUAGUGACGACGACAAUGAUGGGUUCCGAGAAGAAGUAGGCAGUGAUAUCAAAUUGUUGUUCUCUAUAUUUGAGAAAUUUGGUAUUCCAUCUGCUGCACAAUGGCCAGAAGUUAUAAAUUAUGGAACUGCUGACACAUUUAUUGGCAUGUUUGGAAACUCAGGAGAUUCGAAAUACUUUCUGGAUAAAAAAACUCCAGAAGCUGAAGAGUACAUGGAACAAAUCAUACCUGGCCUUCGAAACAUCGAAGGUAAGCAACAAAGAGAAACUCUUGUACAAUGUUGCAUCGGGAUGGCGUCGUUCGAAUCCACAACCAGAUUCUCAGCAGAACAGCUGCUAGAAUACCUAAACUAG